AAUAUUCAUGUUAUUUUUAAGUAGCUGUUAGAUAUGCGGUCGAAAUACAUCCUAGAUGUAUCACUAGUUAUCACAGGAGCAUUUCAUUGUUUUAAGUGGCGUUGCAAUACAAUAGGCAGGGCCUUAUUCGUACAUUUUCUACUUUAAGAAGAGUACUAUAUAAACCAAGCCAAAAGCAAAAUGCCUGCUGAAAUCACUGGCAGAACUGCGUGUAUAUGUUUGCGUAGAAAUUCAGUACCGAAACUUUUACUUGAACUUUAGUGUUUAUAUUUUUGUUGAGUUGGUAUAAGUUUUUCAAAUUCCCAUGUCUGAUGUUAAGUACAAACAUAUUUUAUAUUGUUCACUUAUUUCAUACAGGGAUGCAAAAGAAGCUUUAGAGAGUUUACAGCAAAAAAGAGACGGAGAACUUCUGCGGGAGAUGACGACUGAUAGCCUACGCAAUCUGCGUGACGACGGUGAAAAUAUCAUAUCCUCAAACAUGGAAUGGCCUGGACAAAAGGCAGCUGAACAGGAACAGAAGAUUCUGGAGGAAGAAGGUCACAUUCCUUCAGACUUUAGCGAUGCUACUACAGAAGACGAUAUUGAUCUUUCAAAAUUAACCCCAGCACAGAGAAGACAAUAUCUUGCCGAGAAGGAGAGAAGACGGAAGGAAAGGGAAAAGAGAAGAAGGGAAAAAUAUGGCGAUAAAUAUGAUGAAAUUAUGAAAAAGAAAAAUGCAAAAAAGUAUGAAGAAUUAGCACAGAAAAUUGCCGGUCGAGACGCUGAAGAACAAAAAAGAAAAGAAGAACGUGAAAAAGAAAAGGAUCGUCUAGGAGUAAGAAGAAGAUCUAGCAAUGCCUCCAGUAUUAGCAGACCAGGUGGAAGGCCAAGGUCUAUGGUAACAUACGACAAAGGUCCUCCGAGAGAUCUGGGGCAUGAUUCUAAGAGAGAUAACAGAGAAAUUGGCUUAGCCCACGACGAUUGGGCACCAAGAGAUCGUCGUCCAAGAAAAGGCAGUGAUGCGAGUGAGAGUAGUGACGCGCCACCAAAACUGCACAGGGAAACCACAAUGUUGAAGCCACUACCUACCAUUACACAAGGCAAAAUCUAUGAAGAUGAUAAAAACAGCACCCUCACAAGCCGAACUUCUAAAUCGUAUAAGCGCAUGACGGACGACGAAGAGGAUCGAGUCUCUGAUAAAGUCGAAAAAUCUAACAAAGAGGAGACAGACGGAGAAAAUGAAGCAAGAAGACUGUUUGAAGUCGGUCCAGACGGGAAAAUACGAUUAAAGGGCAAGAAAAUCGACUUGAGUAAGUUAAGCUUAGACGACCUGAGAGCCCUAGGGAUAGAUCCAAACCUUUCAGCAAAGGAAAUAGCAAAACAGCUAAAGAAAUUAUUUGGAGAUGAUAUACAAGUAAGUCAAGGAGACGUUGUUAUCGGAACGAAAGGAAUAGGUGAUUACAGCAGGGAAGUUAGUGAUAACACACUUGCCAGAGAUCCGAACUUGGAUGUCGAUUCAUUGACAGGGGUUCGUCGUGUAAAUGUGAUUAUGCGACGUGGUGGUGCAGCAUUGCAACAACAUUUAGAAAAAGUUAUCAGUUUAAGCAGACUUGUGGACAAAUACGCCAAAGAUCUCGACGAAAGAGAUGCUGAUAUAGACUUUUUGUCCCAUUAUCGUCUUGUGGAAAAGUCCAAACUCGACACAUAUGCAAGAGCGUUCGUUGUCGAAGACAGUGAUCUUGAUACUGUUUUAAAAUGUAAUGAAGCUAAAGUUGCACUUGACGGUGUACCAUCCAUACAGCAUAUUACAAACAAGCAGAUGGAGUAUGUCUUGAAAGUUCUAAAAAUUGACGAAGCCACACUUGUAACAUUUAGGAUGUUUGCUGUGGUGACAGCUCUUUGUGAAAGGGUUACACACAUGGACUCUCUGAGUCAAAGGCUGUUGGAAAUCUGCAACUUGGCUGACAUAGAGCGCAAAUUAGAUCUUUAUAAAGCUAUGUUUUAUACAAAUACGGAAUCAGACAGGGACUCCAACUUUAUCACCUCGGAAUCGCUGAAGAUCGAGCUGAUUGCGGGUGGUCUGAACUGGAAACAACAACAAUACAUCAUGGAAAAAAUGGAACCAAAUGAUUUCGGUGAUAUAUCAUUUCUCGACUAUAUGUGCUACAUACCGCUGUUCCUAUCAAUGCACGAUAACAUUUGCUAUAAUCCACUGGACAUGAGUAAUGAGAAAUACACUCAGCCGCCGCGCGAACGUCCGCCAUCAGUACAGAGAGAUAUGAAUCCCCUUGGUAACAAACUUACAAAGCAGUCGGCAUACCAGGUGCGAAAACGAGCUAUGGAAAUGAUGCAAGCGACUAACUCUAACGCUGUACAGGUUUCGAAAAGCUACAUGGACAUUCUGAACAAGUAUAAAACUGAACGAUAUACUAGACUGAAGAAGUUUGAAGACCAGAGAUUCACAAGUAUGAAACUGAAGGAGAAGAGUUCCUCGCUUGAUAGUAAAUCAGACAUGAUAUACUGAUUCUUUGUGUGCAUACAUAGCUAUGAUUGUACUCACGUUAACAUAAGUUUCUACAUUAAAAGAGUUUCCUCUCUUUAUCAGCGUGUCGCCAUUUGCAAAAUCCAUGAGAUGAUGUUUAUUCUUGAUUUCGAGUAUUUUUUCCUGGUGAAUAUUGAUGACAAAUGGCAAGAUGUUUGAGCUUUUCGUCAACUAUGACACAGAACUAUGACACAGAAGCUGGAUGCACGACAAACACAUACUGUUAUUGACAUAAUGAUAUUUAGGGAAGUUUCCAGCUAUAUCUAUAUAAAUUUAGCUUUCGGCCCGGAGAAAGGCAGGAACAUUUGCUGACUCAUAAGCGGGUGGUUCCCUUGUUUUAUUUCUACCAUAUGACAAAAAGGUCUGAAAGUCAACAGAUGUGAUUGUAAGAUAGAAUCGAAAAUCACUUCAUGUUUGUGUGUUCGUUUGGUGUUUGUAUAAACAAAUGCACAACUCUUUUUAUGAAUUUGUGUUUGAUGAAAUGAUAUGUUUCAUCUGUAAAUAUUUAAGAAAUUUGUUCAACAAAAACAAAUAAUAACAAGUUCAAUGGUACCUUUUCCACCAAAUAAAUUUGUUUUGCUUAUUUUGACAUUUUCCCUGUCACAUUCGUUGUCAUAAUAAAAUUUAUUAU